UCCGUGUUUGCCUUACAUGUACGUUAGAUGUGUACAAUAGGUGUUGAUAGUUGAUCGUUGUAUUGACGUAACUUCAUCGGCUGUCCGUUACUUAUGGCGUUUAUGUCGGCCGACCCAAGAGAGGAGUGUUGCAGCACGUUUUUCUUGCUCCUGCUGGUGGUGGUUUUGUUGGUUUGGCAGUGGACUUGGCAGAGGCGGAGGCGUUGGCCGCCCGGACCGCCUGCACUGCCGAUCGUGGGACAUCUCCCCUGGUUAGGGCAGAAAUCCCACCGCAACCUGACAGAGUGGAGUAAGAGGUAUGGGGACAUCAUAGCGGUAAGGUUCGGGUCAGAAGACGUUGUUGUGCUGAACAGCUACCGGGCCUUUAAGGAAGCGUACAUGGACCUCAGCGCGGAGUUCGCCGGGAGAGCAAGCCUGCCAUUGGCCAACAUGUUCAGCGACAACGGGAAAGGAAUAAUAUUUGCACCGUACGGUGACGCUUGGAAAGAACAACGAAAGUUCGUGUCAAGGGUCAUCCGCCACGCCGCAUCAAACAACGAAACCGUCAUGAACCAGAGGACCGGAACGCUAGUCUCCUCCAUACUGCGUCACCAGGGCAAACCGGCCGACGUCCAGUCGGACGUCGCCCUCUCCAUCUUCAACGUCACUUGCUCAUUUGUGUUCGGACAGUGUUUCGAUCCUGAUGACGUGGCUUUCCAAGAGUUUGUGUCGUCCUUGAACAGAAUUUCAGUAAAUCUUGGCUCCUUGGGUCUAUCUAACGUCUUUCCGUUCCUCAGGAAAGUACCUUUUCUUGGUCAAGCAGACGAAGGUCUUGAAGCAGAAUUCAGGGAGUUGCGUCGGUUUAUUGCAGAUCAGGUUCACAAGCACAGACUGAAGCUGGACCAAAACAACAUCCGCGGUUUAGUCGAUGUGUUUUUGUCGGAGAUCCAACGCCGUGUAGAAGGCGGGGAGAGCGCGGGAAGCUUCACGGAGGGUCACAUGAUGCAGACUGUCUUCGAUGUCAUCAUCGCCGGUGUGGACACUGUCCUGUCCGCGUUCAUGUGGCUGGUUUUCUACGCCGCGAAGUUCCCAGCACUGCAGACGGCGGUUCAGGAGGAACUGGACCGGGUGCUGGGAGGAGAGAACGUCUCAGCCGCGCAUCGCCGCCUCUUGCCCGUUACUGAGGCAACGGUGAUGGAGGUUCUCCGCCUGGCCACGCCCUCCCCGCUCAACUUUCGCGCCACCACGCGUGACGUCACGUUGCUUGGUUACCGCCUCCCAGAAGGCACCUGGGCGCUGAUGAACUGUUGGUCGGUCCACAGAGAUCCGCAGCAGUGGGCAGAACCGGACAGGUUCGACAUCAGCCGCUUCCUGGACGGGCAGGGAAGAGUCACAACUCCGCCGGCAUGGAGGCCUUUCGGCAUCGGUCGGCGUGUGUGCCUGGGCGAACAGCUAGCCAGGCUGGAGCUUGUUGUGUUCUUCGCCGCGCUGCUGCAAAACUUCACCCUGAGCCUCUACGUGCCGGACGGGGCUCCCCUCCCCUCAGUGGAGGACGCGGUCCUGGGGGUGGCGCUCAUGCCGGCGCCGUUCCAAGUCCGAGCCAUUCCCAGACUAAGGGUGUGACUAGCGCGUUUCACCUACAGUGGGUGUCUCUGGAAGACAGACGAAAAUUGUCCAGACUAUGCAUGAAGGAU